UGCUCCGGCCCCCGCUCCUCCGCCCCAACCCGCCUGGGCCAGAUUGAGAGCGGGCCAAGCCGAGGAGCAUGGAGCCUUGCCGGUGGUUGCCCGGGCUGAUCCUGGUUGUGAUUGUCACCCAGGGUGUGGACUCCGCAGAUGGCAAGCAGGACAACGUGAAAGUGGAGGAGAUAGAGGACCAGUUGCAGGUGAUCUGCAAUUCCACAGCGUUCUCCUUGCUGACCCAUCCGGGGGCUGAAUGGGACAGAACAGUGAACGAGUCGAAGAUCAUGAUCCCGAAAAUCACGGAUCCCCGCCUCGUGAUCAAGUGUCUUUCGGAGAAGCCUGCGUUCUUGCACGUGCACUUACGAAUGUGUCAAAACUGCAUCGAGGUGGACCCGGCCACCCUGGUGGGGAUCAUCAUGGGCGACAUCCUGGCCACUGGGCUACUGGCCCUCGGAGUCUUCUGCAUGGCCCGACACGAAGGGAGACCACUGUCCACCGCCUCUGAUCCGAGGAGUCUGAUGGCCAACGAUCAGCUCUAUCAGCCUCUCCGAGACCGGGACGACGGCCAGUACAGCCACAUCGGAGGCAACCGGCCCCGGAAGAAGUGAAACCUCGAACUCGGGUCCUCCAUCUCUCCCCUCCCUCCGUGGUCAAUAAAGUCUCUUCCGC